UGGAUUUCUGCAAUUAAUUGAAAGCUUUUGAAAUUUUACGAACAUUCAAUAUAACCUUCAUAGCUCUUUUGGUUAUAGCACCCAUUUAGUAAGAAAAGGUGCUGGGUUCAAAUCUCAGUGAAAUAAAAGUGUCUAAAGUAAACUGGAAAAGUUUUGAUCACUUUAAUGAGUACGAAUAUUCGAUCGCUUCGUGGGCUUUCGCGAAGCGCAUCGAAAUCCGGGGCCGGUUUCCCGGAAUAAGAAAUCGCAGCUUGGUCUGAGCAUUUUUGUGGAGGCGAUCGCUCAGCGCUGGCCUGGGGAAAUGCAGGCUUUGGAAUGGCCGUGAGUGGCGAGUGCAAGAACAAAUUCCUGGAGCUCCAGAUCUUCAAGAUCGAUGAUGCCACCAACGAGGUCGUGGUGGAGAAGCUGCCGAGAGCUACGAUGAUUUUGCAGCGUGCUUGCCAGAGAGCUAUCGCCGGCAGUCAAAUUCCUCGCUAUCUCUGGCAACCGACAAGCGAGCGCAUUCGGGAUUGGAUCGAGUGGAGCGAAACUGAGAUCGGGGCUAGGAUGCGAGAGGGUUUUCUGUGGGCGCUGCUGCUCGCGACUUGUGGCGCCAUCGCUCUGGAUGCGCUGGGUCGGUGCUGGAACGAGUUGCGUCAGGGCGAACAGCAAGAAUCAAAGCGAGAGCACUGCUCUGGACGACCCGGACGCGCUGGCUUCUCGAGACAGUAUGGAAGAUGGAGGUGGAAACGUCCGGGGCAGUGUAGCGGGGGAAAAGAAUCACGAAUCGGUCGAGACGGAGGGGGAGGAGAAGAGGCCAGUGUGGAUUUCUCGCGGGAGUUUGGAAGACACUGGGGGAAGUGAUGCGAGCGAAGUGCUCGAAACUUUCACUGGCACCGACCAGAAAAACGACGGGGUCCGAGGCAUUCGAUUCCAGUCAUGUUUCUGCUGGAAAUUCAUGUUGAGUGAUUUCAAGGUUGAGGAUCCAAUCGCCAUGGGCUCUUGACAUUGAGAAGCGACUGAUUGAUCUCGGCGUGGCCGAGGACGAGCUAGGAUACGCCAGCUAGCGGCACGUGGACAGCGCCAGCCUGUCAAGGCAACUCGUGGAACGCUGUGGAUUUGAACUAGAGACGUUUUAAUGCGGUGGUAAAUCGCUGGUUCGAA